GUGCUUUCCUUGCAGUGCGAACAUGGAGGUGAACGAUGAGGAUGCGGCCGUCGCCGCUGGUGCUGCGCCGUCGAGGAAGGUUAUCGCAGAGAUCAAGGAAUACGAAGCCCAUGUCAGUGCCAUGAAGAACUUCAACGAGUCCUUGCGGCAACUGAGCGACAACAUCGAAGUGAUGACCCAAACCGUCGAGCAAACCAACAAAUUGGCCGCGGGGUGGCUGCGGCUAUGGCACAAGUAACACCCCUUCCAAAUCCACAUGCAUGAUGUAACUCUUCCGACGAUGAGCGAUCCUUCCCGACUGUAUGCGAACUCUUAUGCUUAUAUAACAUGACAUUCUACAUUGUAUCGUUAAGCACGAC